AUUUCCUUUCCUUUCCAUAUAGUGCAUGAAUAUUAGUAUUUAUAUUUUAAAUGACUUCACUCGAAGAAUAACAUUAUGAUUUGCUUAUCAGCAUUUUGUCCUUUCUUGUAAGUGUAUAUGCAUAUAAAUACCCUAGAUCGAUUACUGUUUCACUCAAAAUGCAUUUUGCUUACAUCUAGCUAGCAAGCAAGAACAGAAAACCAAAGUGCAGGUCAUUUCAAUAUUCAUAGUUUUUCUCGAGAAGUUAGGGGGUUUUUAGGUCACACAGAGAAAAAAAAAUGAUAGGGUGGGAAGAAGUAUACAAAGUAGUGGUAGCAGUGGUACCACUCUAUUUUGCUCUACUAUUAGGGUAUGGUUCACUGAAGUGGUGGAACAUCUUCACUAGGGAGCAAUGUGAAGCAAUAAACAAGCUAGUUUGUUACUUCACUUUGCCACUCUUUAUUUUUGAGUUCACUGCUCACAUAGACCCUUUCAAGAUGAACUUUUCGUUCAUAGCAGCAGACACCAUAUCAAAGUUCAUCAUCAUGGUCGUGCUUGCACUUUGGGCCAAGUGCACUCCCAAAGGGACCUUUAGCUGGUCCAUAACGAGCUUCUCAUUGUGCAAUCUCACCAACGCUCUUGUUGUUGGGGUUCCAAUGGUGAAGCCCAUGUAUGGAGCCCUAGGUGUGGACCUUGUGGUUCAGGCCUCGGUUAUUCAGGCCACCAUAUGGUUCCCUUUGCUUCUCUUUGUGUUGGAGUUUUGGAGAACGGGAAGUGAGGGCACCACCAUCACCACCACCACGUUAAAACCAAGACCAAAAACAAUGAUCAUUGAUAAUGAAAGUGGAGGAGGGAAAGAUGUGGAGGCUACUACUGUAGCUAUUGAUGUGAAAGAGGAAAUGAUGUUGGAAGAGAGUGUUACUAGUAGUAGGCUUCCUUUUUGCAAGGUGAUGAAGCUUGUGUGGCGCAAACUUGCAACGAACCCUAACUCCUUUGGCUGUGUCAUUGGCAUUUCCUGGGCUUUUAUAUCAAACAGGUGGAACUUGGAGAUGCCAAGUAUGUUAGAGGGAUCUAUACAGAUCAUGUCAAAGGCCGGGACCGGGACUGCCAUGUUUAGUAUGGGUACUUUCAUGGCACUUCAGGAGAAGGUGAUUGCCUGUGGACCAAGUAUGACUAUAAUCGGUUUGGUUUUAAAGUUCAUUGCGGGCCCAGCGGCUACGGCAAUUGGUGCCAUCGUUGUAGGAUUGCGAGAUGACGUUUUGCGAGUCGUAAUCAUUCAGGCUGCUGUGCCACAGUCCAUCACAUCCUUCAUUUUCGCCAAAGAAUAUGGAUUGCAUCCAGAGGUCCUCAGCACUGCGGUGAUCUUUGGUAUGAUUGUUUCACUUCCCGUCUUAGUUGCCUACUACGCAAUAUUGGAGUUUGUACAUUAAACAAGAGAUGUUAAUUUUCAGAAGAAGAAAAAAAUGUCCAAAAAGGAUAAUUCAAACUAUAUCGAAAAAAAAAAUAAGGAGAGGAUAAUUCAAACUAUUUUCUUUUCUUCUUAGUUAAACUGCAUCUGUAGCUACCCAAUUGUACCAAUGUACGUUGCUCGUACGUGUUAUAAUUUGUAAUUUAGUCUGAUUUUGAUCCCUACUAGCAAGCCAGUCGAUUAUAUCUCAUGGAAUGUAACACAAAGUCACAAACCUUGAAACCAUCCAUGUUUUGAUGCGUGGCCUAUUAUUAUAUAUCUACAAUCGAUUCCUCA